AUGGCUGCUUUCGCAGCUUGCAAGCUGGCAAAGCGAUCCGGGGGCGUUUCCUAUGCCUGUUUCUUGAGAUCGGGCACGUUUGGUUCGUUGCCCGGAUCAGGGGUUCAAUCAUCACGUUCCUCGGGCCCGCCUCUGCUAUGUAGACAGUUUUCUCAACUCGUCAAUGGAAAGCGGUUGCUUUUCGUGGACACAUUGUCCUUAGUUCGGAGGCUGGAGGAAGAAGGCAUACCGACCAAACAGGCCGAGGUAAUAACGUCGGCAAUAACUGACAUUUCGCAUGAGAGCAUGCGAAACGUGUCCUGCUACUUUGUUUCGAGAGACGAAAUGCAGAAGGUUGAAAUGGCUCAGGAAUCCAACAUGUCCAAAUUCAAGUCUGAGGUACAGAAUUCGCAGGGACACCAUUUUUCCUCGCUGCAACACGAGAACGAGAAACUAUGCGGCGACAUAGACAAACUGCGGAGUGAGUUGAGGUACGAAAUCGAUAAAAUCGCAGCUGGGCAGCGGUUGGACUUGAAUCACGAAAGGGGGCGGAUAAGGGAGGAUCUAGCGAGUCAGAACGCCCAAACAACCAACCUCACUAACAAGCUCGAUCGGGAAAUUCACGCCUUGAAGGCGCAGUUGGAAGCUGCGAAGUAUGAUCUGAUCAAGUACUGCAUUGGCACUCUUGUGUCUCUUUCUGCUGUUGGGCUCGCCACCAUCCGGAUCUUGAUGUAA